AUGGGUGAACCCGGCCAGUUGAACUGCACAAUUUAUCAAAACGACAUUGAUCAAAUAAAAAAGAAUGAUAUAAACUCCCUUCGUAAUUUAAUUAAAAAUUUUCUUAAUGAACACGGAUAUCAUGAAUAUUUGAUAAGUACGGAUAGUGCAAACGUCAGGCGCACAUGUAAAACUGAAGAUAGUGAAGAUGUGAGACCUCUAAAUGUGAAAAGUGAGCCAGAGUUUCGAGAAGACUUGGAAUCUGAGAGAUUACCUGCAGCUGAUAUCAACGAAACGGGGUUUGCUAGCGUCAAGCCUGAACCGCAUACGGAUAUUCCAAUGGAGCCGACUGUUAGCACUUCCGUUCCCGAAUCGAAUUACGAUUACUUGCAACCCAUAAAUAACACAUGUGAAACGGAAGUGGAGCCGGUGGAAUUCUGCGAUCAGACAAGUCACGAAGACGAGGACGACUUUCCCGAAAUGGCCAUUUCGCUGAAAAUGGCGCGCGCCAGCUUACUUGAUACUUGUGAGUCCAUUUUCAAGCAUCAGGCACGAAAUAUGUUGGAGGAUUCUAAUUGGAGCAGAUUUGUUCAAGUCAAUAUCUAUGGAAAGUCACUGGCAGAAUUGAGAGAUAAUGGCGUCAAUCUAGAAUAUGUGCUGGAAAACGUCGGGUGCUCGAAGCUAUGGAUAGGCGAAGUUUCCAUGUAUCACGGAGAAUCGGAUUCUGGAGUUGAUUCCUCAUUCGAAGACACCGUUCCUAUACUGAGCACCACAAUCGCCGACAAGAAUGUUCCUCGUAUAUCGACGCCCAAACAUUCGUACCUACAAAGAAAAUUGACAUUUAAUGCGACACACGCGAUUUCCUGCAUUAAUUCUUCCGAUGAGGAUGAUAGUCAUUUAUUUGCAACUACUAUUGAAGAUGAGGAAAGCAAUUCUUCUGUUGUCAAACGACCUGAACAGGAGAAAGUUAGUGAUUCUGUUCAUGUUGUACUGGAAGAGAUUUUGGAUAGCGUUUCGAGACCUCCGCUUCAAGCCCCGAAUUUGGUUUCAUCGAAAACUGGAGUUAACAAGAAGGCAAAGAAGACCCUAACACGAAUGGAUACUGCUCCUCCAGAAGUGCCAGAAGUCGAAAUUCAGCAUUGGAGCGUCAAGCAUUCGCCAAUUAAAAGAACAACAUCGGCCAUUAAGAAGCGAAGCACCAAAGCCAUGAGGAUUCAAAAACAUCAAAGCUGUGAUAUUGCGUUGAAUGAACUAGGAGUGCCCAAGAAUGAGGUUUCGAUGAGAAUUGCUAAUUAUCGUGAUGAUUAUGAUCCGUAUGUUGGCUCUGUGAAGGAAUAUCGAGAUUUGACGCCGGUUUCCUCCGAUGCCGAACCUCGCAAUCAGCUCGAUUUCGAUAUUGACAACGAUGCUGGAAAUAGUGGAAGUAGCUUUAUGACGUGCUAUAAUUUCACCGAAAAUUCGACAAAUAUGGAAAAGGACUAUGGAAUUGAGCCGCAGAAUGCAUAUAUAGAUGACACUCUACAAAUUGAUGAGGAUUUCUUCGAUUUUGAUGAUGUUGAUGACGGCGAUGAUGAAGAAAAUGAAGGAAGGAAUAGCCCGCAUCCGGAUGCGGCUGUCCCAAAGCCAAUUCUUAGCAAGAGGACAUCGUCACAACGGAAAAGUGGAACACGUAAAAAGGUGGUUUCAUUUGCCGCGCCGGAUUGUGCGGAAAUGAUGACAGCGGAAGAAUAUAAAAGGCAUGUAAAUGAGAUUCACACAAUCAAAUGUCAAUUUCCGAAUUGCAAGAAAACGUAUCGAUGGAAGAUCAAAUAUGGAAAAUUGCGAUUGAUUGACCACGCGUUGACGCAUGUUGGAAGGAAGACGUUGAAGUGUCGAAUGUGCGACGCGACGACGUUCACGACGCGUUCAAUGCGUCAUCAUUACGCGGUGAUGCAUAAAAGCACAAAAAUCAAGGGAUAUGGAAUGAAAGACUUAUUCAGUAUGCCGGUCGAUGAUCAAGUGUCGGUGCGCGAUAUGUGGAUCGAGUGCUAUAAAGACAAGCUCUCGCUUCUUGGCGAGGCGGCAACGACGACGAAACUCAAGCGCAUCCGAAGACGACGGGUGUUAGGUGAUCAAAGCGAUAGUGCUGCGUCGAGUGGCGCCGAGGAAGACGCGCCGCCGCCGGCGAAUGAUUAUUUCUAUUCGAGUAUUACUGUAGCGAAAAUGGAAUUUGCCGAGAUCCAAAGCGCCCAUUCUAUUGAUGAUUUGAGGGCGAUUCUGCAACAGACGCCGACGCCGUCGUUUGCAUCGACACCGACUCGACGGAUUAGUAGUAGUCCGCUAGCGAACAACAUGGAAAUGUAUCCGGUGAUUACCGAAGAGGGACCCGCUCCACGAUUUGAGCGACGCUUGAGUCGGUGCCUCACCGAAUUGCGUCCGGGUCCUGUCGAGAUCCCAUCACACCAUCGGCGAUUCUCAUUAUUCCGACCCAAUCCGAUAGCGCAUCGCAAUCGAUCGCUGAGCGGCGAUUUCACAAACGCCUGGUUGAGAACAUCGAAUUUUGACGUACGCGACGAGCCAGUGGAGAUAAAUUUGGAAACUGAACCCGAAUCGAUGGGAGCAGCUAAGAAGACUGAUACUGAGACUGCUAUAUUCGAGGAUAUCAUCGAGAGGCCGAAUAAGUUGGAACGAUCCGACUCGGCAUCCUCGAGUGAGGAGAACAGCGAGAAUGGAUCGGUUAGCAUCAAUGAAAUUGAGCGGACCACCGAGUCCGCGGAAACCACGUGGAUGAGGAAUGAGAAUGCAAAAAAUUCAAUGAUAACCGCUGGCACCGUUUUCUAUGCGCUGUUCCUCACAAUCUUCUCACUGGUCUUAGAAUUGGCGCAUUUAGUAAACGACGAGGAGUCGAGAAAACUCAAUAAGAAAGAUAUAAUAUUUGGCCUUUAUAUGUAUUGCGGCUCGAUAGUGUUCUUCUUUUAUAUGUACGUGGUGUUGCUGUUGAAUCCGCGAUGGUAUGUGACAAUGGGAUAUCUGAAGAAAUUGUUUCACGUAUUCUCGCCACCGAAACCUAGUCCAUCAACUGAUACACUUUCUUCGGCGGUGGCAACGAUUCGGAAAGUCACCCACAGUAGCCCUUCAGCUGGAAGUUUGUUUCUAAGAUUAGGAUGUAUUGUUUUCGGCGUCAUCGGCGUUGUUUACAACGCGUUCCUCGUGUUUCUGUGCAAUUGGGAGCCGAACUGCUCGGCGUUGUCGACAUCGCUCGACGUGUGCGCCAUCGUGUUCAUCUUCAUUCAAAUGCACUUCAUUUUUUGCAAUUGGAAGAUCUCCAUAACCGGCUCACAUCUUGUCGCGCGAAUUGGAACAAUGCAUCUGGUGGCUGCCAAUUUGUGGACCUGGAUUCGAUAUGUGCUCAUGGAGGAGGGCGUCAUGGAAAGGGAGAUCAGAGAGGUAUUCCAACGCGGCCAUCAUUCCAAGCACGAUUCUUCCGAAUCCACGGAACACGAUCAUGAAGUCUUUUCGCAAAAUGGAAGCUGCAAGGCGGUCGAAUGUUUCCUAGGAAGCCUUUCGGAAGUCAUGUACACCUCAAUUGUUGAAUAUUCGCUAAUCGCCGCCGCUGUUAUGUACAUAGUCUGGAGAAAUAUAGGAAAGAAGCAGCAUGGAACAACGUAUGUAAAAAGGAAGCACCAAAUUCGCGUCGAUUGCUCGAAGACGACGACGGGAUUAUUUCUUGGCAUCGCAUUUCUCGCCAUCACAUUUACCUCAAUGGUCGUUUAUUAUGGCUAUAAUAUGAUGAAGAAGUCAUAUGAAGCCGCCUAUGUCUACGCGUUCACCGAUUUAUUUCAGUACGUUUUUUCCACUAUUGGCUGCCUUAUUGCAAUCUAUCAGAUGAGGGCUUUAAAAUAUUUUAGUAAAAAGACGAAUCCUUCAAAUAGAGAUCAGGAGCUUCUUGAUCAAAUCCUUUUGUCCAUUGGCUUAAUAGGAGAAUUGAUCUACUCGGUUGCUGGACUAGUAGGCUUAACUGGCGAGAAAACCUGGACCUUCUUCCCAUGGGUUCUCUUAACGGUCCACAUUUUUCGGCUAUUUCAGGUUGGAGUUCAAACCUUCUUCUUGCACGUCUCAAGGAGCGUCCGCAUGGGCUCGCAUCACCGAGAUGCUCAGCCGGGGAAACAAGCCGUCACAUUCUUGCUCACCGCAAAUCUCGCGCUAUUCUUCAUGAAUCUGUUUGAAAGCGAAAAGGCGGGAGUUUCUGAAACGAUCAUCAAUUACUAUGGCAAACGCUCCUGGGUGUUUCUUGUGCGAAGCUUCUCGCCGCUAACCAUCUUCUAUCGAUUCCACAGCUCCGUGUGUCUCGCCGAGAUUUGGAAGAACGUUUAUGCAUCAAAGACCCUCGGAACUCCCACAAACGUCUCCAUUUAG